CGCUUAGGAUAAUACGUCCUAAAAGGCUAAAACUAUUCGUCUCCACAAAAUUUGGUCAUAUCAAUCGUCAAAUUGUUUUCUACGUGUCAGUGGAAUGCUUAGAUCCAGGGUUUUACUAUAAUAAAACUUUCCAAUUGUAUAAAUACCAUAUUAAUCCGUUCAAGUAUUCCACAAAUUUACAAUCUAAAUAUCCACAGAUCCAAAAGAAGAUGUCGUCGAACCAAGAACUAAGCCACAAGGCCGGAGAAGCCACCGGUCAAGUUCAGCUGAAGAAGGAAGAGUACUUGAACAAAGUAUCACACGCAAUGGAUGAGAAUGCAGAUCAUCACUCACACUCACACGCAGAACAUGAUCAGAAUAAUCCUUCCCUAAUUUCUCAGGCCUCCAAUGUCAUCCAACAGACAGGAGGACAAGUGAAGAAUAUGGCACAAGGAGCAGCGGACGCUGUGAAGAAUACUCUUGGAAUGAGUCCGGCCACUAACAACCCUAGCAACCCGGCCGGCACGACCCACCCGAGCAACCCUAGCUCCAAAAAUCUUUAAAAGGAGUUGCUUAAGAAAACGUUGGCCUGAUCUUCUCAACAUAAACAAAAACUUAUUCUUUGUGUUUUGGUUGCUCUAUUUGUUCUCUGAAUUUUUUGUAUCUAUGUUAUUCUUCUCAACAUAGACAUUAUUACGUGUCUCACUCAUCAAGGGUUUUAUUUAUCUUAUGAUCGUAAAAUAAUAUCAUAUUUCUUUU